GACAGCAGCAAGAGGACCGGCGCUGUCCCCGACAAAGCCCGGUCCCCACGGGGCCCGCACGCGGCCGCACCCCAGCCGUCGCCCAGCCCCUGCUCCCAGCUCUCCUGGGGCGCUGGGAGCAGCAGGGCUGAGCGGGGCCGUCGCAGCCCUCGCGGUGGCUGACGUGCUGCCCUUCCUCCCACAGAUCUUCAUGAAGUACCUGCAGCCCUUGGAACGCCUGGGCGUCUUCCUCGCCGCCGUGCAGAGCAUGAGAGCCCCGAGUCCCCACAGCACCGAGCUGGCUGCCCACAUGGUGGACGUGCUGGCGGCAGAGACCGACUUCCAUUCGGGACAGGUGCUCCACAUCGUGUGGGCCAUCUACAGAAGCCUGCCGUCCGUCAGAGCCGCGCUGGCCCUUCAGAGCCUGGACAGGGCCCUGCUGCUGCUGGCCAGCAAGUGCCCCAGGGAGACGGUUGCCAGCCUGCUGCAGUGCUCGCUGACCUGCACCAGCGUCGCCGUCACCAUGUGGAGGGCGAUGGUGUCUGAGCCCCCAGCCACAGAGAGGGUGCUGCGCGAGCUGCUCCGCAUCCUCAUGAACCAGUCUGGCUGCAAGACAUCCACCUCCACCAAGGACCACCCGCGCAUCCUGGCCCUGGCCGCAGCAAGGCCCCUCCACGAGAUCCUCCUGCUGCCUACCAGCCGGGGGGAGGCGAAGGCCAUUUUCCCCCAGCUCUUCCUGGCCCUCCUCUUCCAAGUGUCCUUCACCACGGAGCUGAAGCUGCAGGAGGUGCAGGUCUUCUGGGAGAAGCACCGGCAGGACCUGCUCACUCCCGUCAGGUCCACGGUGCAGGCCCUGAAAGCGCUGCUCCGCAGCGUGGGCCUGGAGAGCCAGGUGCUGGCCAUCGAGGCGCAGGGUGGCUGGGCCGCGCUUCUCAGCGCCGAGAGCCACCUCUGGGGCGUGCAGGUGGUGGCCAGGGAAAUGAAGGAGUUGCCCAGGAGCCUGCGCGCCACCAUCAUCCACCAGCUGGUUGAGCUGCUCCGCACGGAGGCCUCCUCCUGGCAGACGGUGGCCAUGGUCAUCCUCAGCAAGCUGCUGGAGUGCACAGAGCUCGGCGACGAGCUGGACUGCGUCGUGAGCCUCUUUGCCAGCUACCUGCAGAGCCCGUGCCUGGGCAUGCAGAGCCUGGUGCUCAGGGCGAUCCUGGGGCUCACCAAGAGGCCGGCCACGGUGAGCGGGGGCAGCCGGCAACGCCACGAGUGA